CAUUGAUAAGCUUAUACUCAUGACUUUUGUUAAUUUAUAAAGAUUAAUGAUGUCAAUAAGCAAAAUCAAGAGAGUUGAUAAAGGAAGUCACGUUUGGAGAUUCUCUCUAUAGUGUUUCGCUGGAGGCGUUGAAACAGCCCUCUUUAACAGCUCACUUGGUUUUCACAUUCCUAAAUUGUUAAACUCCUCUCAAUCUUCUUCUUACUUAUUCUAUAAAUCUCUGUUUCUCUCUGACAAUUUAUUCCAACGCAAAAAAAAAUGGCUGACGCUUUCUUGGAGAAGGCAACUUCUGCUGUCAACGAAGCCAAAGAAUCCGUUACAGCCACCGCUGAAACCACUACUGAAACCGCCAGGAGCGCUCUUACUGACGCUCAGAAAACCGUUGAAGCCUCCACUGAAACGGUCAAGACCGAGGCUGAAGCCGCGCCAAAGAAAGCUUCUGAUCUGUCUACACAGGCAAAGGAUGCAGUGGAUAAAGGUCUAUCAAGAGGUAUAGAAGGAGCCAAAUCUUUGCUUCAAGCUUUUGAAGAGAAGAGUAGCGAUAUUUCCUCAAAGCUCGUUGGAGGUGUUACCAAUCUUGUGAGUGGAGCAUCAAGCAGCACCGUGGCAAGCCGAGACCUUCCAGUAUCUACAGACAAUCAGCCUCUGCUAGCGUCUGGCGAAAAAACACCGUGGUGGAAGAAUUGUUGUGGAGUUCUUGAUUUUUUCAAGAAAGAUACUUAAGAUAAAAAGAUCCAAAAAUGACAAAUUAACGAGUUUCACAAGAUGAAGAAACAGAGCACUAGAAGAAGAAAGAACCCCCAUCCUUUUGAUUAUUUAUUUCCUUCCUUUUGAUUUUGAUUUUGAUUUGAGAUUGUGUCUAUCUGUUUUUGUUUGUUUUAUGUUUUGUUGAUAUCUUGAUUGUUUCCCAAGAACUUGUGUAAGAACCCAAAAAAAAAAGACAAAUAAAAAGGUAAAUUUCUUUGUGAUGA